AUGCCAGUGCUCGGUUACGACAAUAUGGCAUCUCAGGAUCUGUGCAUGAUGGGCUACAAUUCGCCCCCAGACUACGUUUUACCCCCUGAGUGGGACAAGGUCCCAGAGAACGAGUACGCUGGUUACUGUAGGAACAACAUGGAACACAGCUCACACGUCCCAAUGAAGUACAAUGAAGACAGUGAUAUACAGUUGGAAACAAGUAGUAGUGAAGCCAGUGCGGCUAGUUCAACGCCGUUGUCACAGCACUGCGCAAUAUGUGGCGACCGAGCGACCGGCAAACACUAUGGUGCAUCCUCCUGCGACGGUUGCAAGGGAUUCUUCAGGAGGAGCGUCAGAAAGAACCACCUAUACACAUGCAGAUUUAGCCGAAAUUGUGUCGUGGACAAGGACAAAAGAAAUCAAUGCAGAUACUGUAGGUUAAGGAAGUGUUUCAAAGCUGGCAUGAAAAAAGAAGCCGUGCAGAAUGAAAGAGAUCGCAUCAACUGUCGGAGGCCUUCGUACGAGGAACCCACGCAAGCCAACGGCCUAUCAGUAGUGUCACUGCUCAACGCUGAACUACUUAGCAGGAAAGUCAUCGAUGAGACUAUAAACGUGUCAGACGCAGAGAUCGGCAACCGCAAGCUAGCAAAGAUCAACGACGUGUGCGACUCCAUCAAACAACAACUACUGAUACUGGUCGAGUGGGCCAAAUACAUACCGGCGUUCACAGAACUACACCUCGAUGACCAGGUCGCUUUGUUGCGCGCUCACGCCGGCGAGCAUUUGUUGCUUGGAUGCGCGCGACGUUCUCUGCAUCUGCGCGACGUUCUACUGCUGAGCAACAAUUGUAUCAUCACCAAACACAACAUCGAUGGUAGAAUGGACAUCGACAUCAGUAUGAUAGGCAUGCGCGUGAUGGACGAGAUAGUGAAGCCUCUGCGCGAGAUCGACAUCGAUGACACAGAGUUCGCUUGCCUAAAGGCAAUCAUCUUCUUCGACCCAAAUGCCAAAGGUCUAUCUCAGCCGCAGAAGAUAAAGCAGCUGCGUUAUCAAGUGCAAAUCAACCUGGAGGACUAUAUAAGUGACCGUCAGUACGACGGUCGCGGACGUUUCGGCGAACUGCUACUAUGCUUGCCGCCGUUACAGAGUAUCACGUGGCAAAUGAUAGAACAGAUACAGUUCGCCAAACUGUUUGGAGUCGCGCACGUCGACAGUCUGCUGCAGGAGAUGCUACUCGGUGGAGCAUCUACGGACGCUGUUGAGGGUGGGGCGGGAGUAGGCGCGGGGGCGGGGGCGGGAGCGGAGGCGGAAGCGGGAGCGGGCGCGUCUUCACCGCCGCUAGUGCCGGUGGUGCCGUUACCUGACGCCAGCUUCCUCGACCCCAUGCCCUUCAAGCAGGAGCCUAACAUGAGUCCUGAACACAAUUCACCAAUGACUGACGGAGACAUUAUGUUAUUGUAA